AUGCUCACUAAGGUAACGCCCCUCGAUAUCCCGACAUCAAAGCAUCCACCUCCACCCUACCAUGCUGUGGCCAAGGGGAUUGCUUUCCACCCGACACGGCCAUGGAUUCUGGUCUCCCUUCACUCUUCCACCAUUCAACUAUGGGACUACCGCAUGGGAACCCUGAUUGACCGAUUCGAAGAACACGAUGGCCCUGUCCGCGGCGUUGAUUUCCACCCAACCCAACCCCUGUUUGUGUCCGGAGGUGAUGAUUACAAGAUCAAGGUCUGGAACUACCAGACUCGGAGGUGUCUCUUCACAUUGAACGGUCACUUGGAUUACGUGCGCACCGUUUUCUUCCAUCCCGAACUCCCCUGGAUCCUGUCUGCCUCUGAUGAUCAGACUAUUCGAAUCUGGAACUGGCAGAACCGCUCUUUGAUUUGUACCAUGACCGGUCACAACCACUAUGUCAUGUGCGCCCAGUUCCACCCCACCGAGGAUCUCAUUGCCUCGGCCUCGCUCGACCAGUCGGUCCGAAUCUGGGAUAUUUCCGGCUUGCGAAAGAAGCACUCCGCCCCAACGUCGAUUUCCUUCGAAGACCAGAUGGCCCGAGCCAACCCCAACCAGGCAGAUAUGUUCGGUAACACAGACGCUAUUGUGAAGUUCGUUCUGGAGGGCCAUGACCGCGGUGUGAACUGGGUGUCAUUCCACCCCACAUUGCCAUUGAUCGUCUCAGCGGGCGAUGAUCGCUUGGUUAAGCUCUGGCGAAUGAGUGACACAAAGGCUUGGGAAGUUGACACCUGCCGCGGCCAUUUCCAGAAUGCCUCUGCCUGUUUGUUCCACCCACACCAGGACCUCAUUCUUUCCGUCGGCGAAGACAAGACAAUUCGUGUAUGGGAUCUUAACAAGCGCACAUCCGUUCAAUCCUUCAAGCGCGACUCCGACCGAUUCUGGGUUAUCGCUGCCCACCCCAAGAUUAAUCUGUUCGCCGCUGGCCACGAUACUGGUGUUAUGGUGUUCAAGCUGGAGCGCGAGCGACCUGCUUCCGCCGUUUACCAGAACCAGCUGUUCUACAUUACCAAGGAGAAGCACGUCAAGUCAUAUGACUUCUCCAAGAAUGUCGAGUCGCCUCCGAUGCUUUCGUUGCGCAAGUUGGGUUCCCCGUGGAUCCCCCCGCGCACCGUUUCCUACAACCCGGCUGAGCGUGCUAUUUUGGUCACAUCCCCCGCCGACAGCGGAACCUACGAAUUGAUCAACCUCCCCCGCGAUGCUACUGGUGCGGUUGAGCCCACCGAUGUCAAGCGUGGCCAGGCUACUUCUGCAGUCUUUGUUGCUCGUAACCGCUUCGCAGUGUUCAACCCUUCGACCCAACAGGUUGACAUUAAGGAUCUCAGCAACUCCACUACCAAGACUAUCACGCCUCCUGCUGGCACAACUGAUAUCUACUUUGGCGGCACUGGUUGCCUCCUGUUUAUCACCCCCACAACUGUUGUUCUCUUCGACAUUCAACAGAAGAAGCAACUUGCGGAAGUUACUGUUAGUGGUGUGAAGUACGUUGUCUGGUCCAAUGACGGACUCUACUGUGCUCUUCUCAGCAAGCACAAUGUUACCAUUGUUACCAAGACCCUGGAGCAAGUUAGCACCCUGCACGAGACCAUUCGCAUCAAGAGCGCAACCUGGGACGAUGCUGGUGUGCUUAUCUACUCUACUCUGAACCACAUCAAGUAUUCGCUAUUGAACGGUGAUAACGGAAUCAUUCGCACUCUAGAUCAAACAGUUUACCUUGUCCGCGUCAAGGGACGUAACGUUUACUGCCUCGAUCGCAAUGCCCAGCCCCGGGUUCUCGAAAUUGAUCCCACCGAGUACCGUUUCAAGCUUUCCUUAGUUAAGCGAAACUACGAUGAGAUGUUGCAGAUAAUCAAGAACUCUAGCUUGGUUGGCCAGAGCAUUAUUUCUUACCUGCAGAAGAAGGGUUACCCGGAGAUUGCUCUGCAGUUCGUUCAAGACCCGCAGACCCGCUUCGAUCUGGCUCUUGAGUGUGGAAACCUGGAAGUUGCUAUCGAGAUGGCUCGUGAGCUUGACCGUCCCAACUUCUGGAGCCGGCUUGGCGCUGAGGCCUUGGCCCAUGGUAACCACCAAGUCGUUGAAAUGACCUACCAGAAGCAGCGAAAUUUCGACAAAUUGUCUUUCCUCUACUUGGCCACUGGCGACCAGGAGAAGCUUGCUCGUAUGGCUAAGAUUGCUGAGCACCGGGGUGACUUUACAUCCCGCUUCCAGAACGCUAUCUACCGUGGAGAUGUUGAAGACCGCAUCCAGAUGUUCAAGGAGGUUGACUUGUAUCCCUUGGCCUACCUCACUGCAAAGUCACAUGGUUUGACCGAAGAGGCUGAGUCCAUUCUAGAAUCCUGCGGCUUGACGGAAGACCAGAUCGGCUUGCCCUCUCUUGGGGAACCCCUCCAGACCCCUCGCCCUAUUGUCCCUACCUUCAAGUCUAAGUGGCCUGUUAAGGCUGCCGGUCACUCUUCGUUCGAGAAGGCCCUCCUUGGGGAGGUUGGUGGUGAUGAGGAGGCUACCGAUGCCUUGGAGUUCGGUGAGGAUGAAACAGAGGCUGUCCUUGCCAAAGAUACCCUGGAAGAUGAAGAGGAAGAUGCCUCUGGAUGGGAUAUGGGUGAUGAUGUUAAUGUUGAGGAGGAUGUUGAGUUUGUCAAUGUGGAAAGCGCCGAAGCUGGUGCGGGCAGUUCCGAGGCCGAUAUGUGGGCUCGUAACUCUCCAUUGGCAGCCGACCAUGUUGCGGCUGGCUCAUUUGACACCGCUAUGCAGCUUCUCAACCGACAGGUGGGCGCUGUGCAGUUUGCUCCUCUGAAGGACCGAUUCCUCGAGGUCUACAAAGCCUCCAAGACCUAUCUUCCCGCCAGCACCGGCCUGCCACCCUUGGUCAACUAUGUCCGGAGAACCACCGAUGAGACAGAUAACCGCAAAGUCCUGCCCAUCAUUCCCCGCGAUCUGGAGACUAUUGCAAGCGUUGACCUCCAAGAAGGCUACGCUGCCAUGCGAGCCAAUAAGUUGGAGGAUGGUGUGAAAAUUUUCAAGCGUAUCCUGCACACUCUCCUCGUCAACUCUGUCUCCUCUGAGGAGGAGGUAGAGCAGGCGAAGAAGAUCAUCGCCACUGCACGGGAGUAUAUUCUUGCCAUGUCCAUUGAGCUUGAGCGUCGUUCCGUCCCUACUGAUACCGAGGAGGGCCUCAAGCGCAGCCUCGAGCUCUCCGCUUACUUCACCAUUCCCAAGCUGGAAGUUGCUCAUCGUCAACUAGCGUUGAUGGCUGCCAUGAAGCUGUCCUUUGCCAACAAGAACUACAACUCCGCCUUGGGCUUCGCCAACCGUAUGCUGGCUAACGGUGGCUCCGCCAAGCUUCUAGACCAGGCUCGCAAGAUCAAGGCCCAGUGUGAACGUAACCCGUCUGACGCGAUCGACAUUGAGUUCGAUCAGUUUGCCGAGUUCGACAUCUGUGCUGCUUCUUUCACUCCCAUCUUCAGCGGUUCUCCCUGUGUGACAGACCUCUUCUCCGGCGCCAAGUACCACGAGAUGUACAAGGGCAGCGUCUGCCGGAUAUCCGAGGUCACCGAGAUCGGCGCCCCGGCCAGUGGCCUGCGUCUAUUCGUCCCUGGUCUCUAA